CCCGGGGCAUAUGUGACUCGAUCUGAUCGUCUUCUCGGUUCUAGCUGGCGGCGCUUCGCGGCGGGGAGAAGCAGGGCGGUGAUAGCUGAAGCACGACACAUAUCGGUUCCGGCUGGCUGUUGCCAAUUGCAAGCAUCACAUUUGCUCGUCGACGACGGGGACAACGUCGCUCGUCCCCAACCUGUCCCCAACUGGCCACCGUCCCGUCACCAACUGUGCUCAGAGUUUGUAGUCUAUCCAUCACCUGACGAAGGUGCAGAGUUUAGACUUGCCAGUGCCCCCGGCUUGGCUCCAACUCCCAAAGCAUCGAUCCAGCCGACCCCUGCAAGUGCAAUGGAUCGAAGCUGGAUACAGGGAAUGAGUUUCACACCACCAUACAUGAAAGGUGUUGAAGAGUUUAUGGGUUUCGGUCACCAAAAUUUCAGGGAAAACCAGGACAUAUUGUGCCCAUGCAAGGACUGUCUGAAUGUGGAACACCGUGGCCAGGCUGAAGUAGAGGAGCACUUACUAUGCAAUGGUAUGUCUGUUACAUAUACAAGGUGGGUCUUUCAUGGUGAAGCGGUGAGUGAUGAUGAAGGUGAUAAUACAGAGGGUGCUGCAUAUCAAUCAGAUGAUGAUGAUGAGCGUGAUGUAGCCAACGGAGGUGAUGUUGCGUAUAUGGUAGAUGAUAUGUUCAUGUCUGGAAGGCAAGGCGAGGGUAAGCCUAAACUCUUUUCCAAGCUAAUGGAUGAAGCGAAGAAAGAUCUCUAUGAAGGAUGUAGUGAUUUCACACGGAUGUCAUUCAUUAUUAAGCUCCUCUAUAUCAAAUCAUACAACUGGAUUACAAAUAGAGCAUUUAAUCAGUUUGUUGAGCUGAUUAGUGUGGCGUUUCCACAUGCUGAUAUACCUAAAUCAUACACUGAAGCUAAGAAUGUUCUUAGUGAAGUCGGGCUGGGUUACGAGACAAUUCAUGUUUGCAAGUUUGAUUGUGCAUUGUUUUGGGGCCAACAUGCCAACAAGAGUCAUUGUCCUGAAUGCGGGACAUCAAGAUGGAAAGACGAGGUGGGGAGGAAAAAGAUACCUCACAAGGUACUUAGGUACUUUCCUAUCAUCCCAAGGCUUCAAAGAUUUUUUGUGUCAAAGGAACAAUCAGCAGAUGCAAGGUAG